AUGGCGUCACGGCGCACCCUCACCGCCCUCGUUAGCCCUCGACUCACGCCUGCACUCAGACCCUCUCGAGUCCCAGCAUCACACAACCGAUGCCAAGUUUCAAGACGACAGUCCUCCUCCACCAGUGCCCUCGCCUAUAAAGCUCUCCACCGCCGCACAAAUCCCCUCCCAACCAGUGCCGACCCGCCAUCCUGGUCCGCACCCGCCGCCGUCUCCUCAAUCCUCUACGAAACCCCCCUUCCAAGCUCUCUCCCUCCAAAACGCCACAUCCUGAACUGUCUUGUGCAAAAUGAGCCCGGUGUGCUCUCUCGAGUGUCAGGGAUCCUUGCUGCGCGGGGCUUCAACAUCGACAGUCUUGUCGUCUGCAAAACCGAAGUCGAUGACCUGUCUCGCAUGACGAUCGUGUUGAGCGGACACGAUGGGGUGGUCGAGCAAGCGCGACGGCAACUGGAGGAUCUGGUGCCCGUAUGGGCUGUGCUGGACUAUACGGCCGCGCCUCUCGUGCAGAGGGAAUUGCUGCUCGCAAAGGUGAAUAUUCUCGGGCGCGAGUACUUCGAUCAUUUGAUGGAGCAUCAUCGGGAGAUGAGCGUUGCGGAUGAAGGCAAGUUUGAUGAAGAGGGAGAAGAUAAAAGGGAGACGGGAGGGGUACAAGAGCGGGAGAUGGAGGAUUAUCAUCCAACGAAAUUGCCACCGAGCGAGGCGCUGAGGCAUAAACAUAAGCAUUUGGAGUAUAUUACGCAUUUGGCGCAACAAUUUGGCGGGAAAGUGCUGGACAUCAGUACGAAUAACUGUAUUGUAGAACUUUCUGCAAAGCCUUCUAGGAUUGAUGCGUUUAUGAAGCUUAUAAGAGAUUUUGGAAUCCUCGAAUCUUCGAGGACAGGUCUUAUGGCACUGCCGAGAUCCCCAUUAGAUGAUCCAAGGGAAGAGGAACAGAUGGAGGCGGAUGAGCUUGUGGAUGCGAGCACUCUGCCGCCAGGCUGA